CGGAAAUGCGUGUGGGUAUUAAAAGCGUCGCUCCGCCCCCGGCGUGUCUCUUUCCGUCUCCGGCCGCCGCACGGAGAGGAGGUCCCCACACGCGGCCUUCCCCUGUUGUUCACCGUCGGCCUGCUGCUCCCUUGACAUUUCCCGGGCCCCUUCCUCCGCAGCUGCCGUUAUGUCCGCGCACCUGCAAUGGAUGGUGGUGCGGAACUGCUCCAGCUUCCUCAUCAAGAGGAACAAGCAGACGUACAGCACCGAACCCAAUAACCUGAAGGCCCGCAACUCCUUCCGCUACAACGGGCUGAUUCACCACAAGACCGUGGGCGUGGAGCCGGCGGCGGACGGCAAAGGGGUCGUGGUGGUGAUGAAGCGGAGAUCCGGCCAGCGAAAGCCGGCCACUUCCUACGUGCGGACCACCAUCAACAAGAACGCCCGAGCCACUCUCAGCAGCAUCCGGCACAUGAUCCGAAAGAACAAGUACCGCCCGGAUUUGCGCAUGGCCGCCAUCCGCAGAGCCAGCGCCAUCCUGCGCAGCCAGAAGCCAGUGAUGGUGAAGAGGAAGCGGACCCGCCCCACCAAGAGCGCCUGAGCCCUGCCCUUCCCCAAAGCAAUAAAGACAACAGUCUUCUCCUUGC